CGGUGAGAAUGAGAACAGGGGUCGGAUGUUCGAGCACGGACCUCUCCACACCGGCGAUAAGUCUUUUUCGACGGCGGAACGACGACAACAACAACAACCGUACGCAUUAGUCACGUGGAAUUAACGCUAUGUAAACAAUGAUAACGCGCGCAAAGAAGUGACGACGAGCUAGUAUUUCUCUCGAGAUAGAUAACUGGGCCGCAUGCGUUAUCGGCGUACGGGCGCGACCGCGUUGUGUACACAACCGAACGACGUGAGCGAGAACGCCGACCAGAAAUCGCAGUCGCACACGGGUAGACAAAAGUGCGUGUACGUGUCCGCGUGCGUCCGGUUACGUCAGUUCGGUUUGGUGGUCGAAGCGCGCGUCCAGGCGAUAACCGUUAUCCGUAGUUACGUUCGAGCAGCUCUCCGAGACCACGCGCGGCAAACGCGAGAAAACGCGCCGCGAAAUACGGCACUACCCCCGCGUUCGAAUCGAAAGGGGUGAAAGAAACUCGCCCUCGACACGGUGUUCGUUGCCGCUCGUACGCGACGACAGCAACAAUGGUGGUGAUCAGCGCGCAGAACGCUCUGGCCACGGCCGCGGCCAAACUGGAGAAACACAUCAACCUGUUGAAGUACACGAUAUUCUGUUUGAGCGUGGUGAUACUGAUAAUGGGAAUAUUUUUAUUUGGUUACGUAGUAUACACAAGGCUUGAUACGGUGCUCCAAGAAUGGGUUGAUGCCCUGGAAAUAUGGCAGGUUUAUUUAGGCAUGUACAUAUUGAUAUUUGGAUCCAUUGUGGUGAUAAUUGCUCCGUUUUUGUCGUGUUACGCGGUCUAUCAAGAAAUCACUCAACUACUAAUGGCCAAUGCUGGUUUACAUCUGUUCUCAUUUUUCCUCAUGUUAUUGGGCUCCGGUGUACUGCUCGAAAAUACGACAAUCGGAUCCGAUAUCGUGCCGGCCAUCAGGGAAACAUUGAUGAAUUUGAUCAUGCAAUCACAUAGCGAAUCCUCCAUGCACACGCUAAACAUGAUCCAAGAGUCCAUCGGAUGUUGCGGAGCAGAUGGACCAAACGAUUAUUUGUCUUUGAGGAAAGCUUUGCCUACCGAAUGCAGAGAUACGGUAACCGGUAACGCGUUCUUCUACGGGUGCGCGGAUGAGGUGACAUGGUUCUUGGAGUACAAUUCCAGGUGGACAACUAAUAUAGCUAUAUCAAUAGCUGCUUUGGAGAUGCUUAUUACUGUCUUGAGCUUGAUUUUAGUGAAAGCUCUGCAAAAAGAAGAAAAAUUCAACUACAAUCAAUGAAAAUAGAAUUCAUCGAUAGAUUUUAUUUUUUAUUAUUAUUUCAAUGUACAAUAUAACACUUAAUAUCUGGUUUCAUUGUUUUUAUUUUCACCAACGCACAAAUCGCUCGAAUACAAUAUGUGAAAAGCUGUUCACGCCGAGUAAUCCAUUUAAGGCACUUCAUUUACCGUCUACUACUAUAUUUCUACAUUUCCAUUAUUAUUUUACACGUUUUAUUGUUUAAAAUGUUCACAUAAAUAAUAAUACACUUACGUUAAAUUUAAUAUUGAUUAUUUUUUCGUCCCAGUGUUCAUUUUUAUAUAAUACUAAUGUUUUUACUAUACCUGCCAACGAUAAACUUUUGUUUAAAAAUGCUAAUAUUUUAACAUCGAACAAU